AUGACUGUUGCCGUUCUUCUGUUAGCUCUGUUCGCCACACUCCACAAUCCAAUUACCAGUGUCGUUAUUCCACCACAGAUUCGUCCAAAAUUCAAUUCAACCCCUGGGAAACGUGCUGCUAAUCUUGACUACAACAUUCGGCUCCUAACAGUGCUUUCACUUCAGCAAAAUGGAUGGCAUCUUUACGAUGAAUACUGGUACCGACUCUUCGAAGUCGAUCUUAUGUGGAUCCCAGCCGAGAAUUUCUGCCGUUCUAUGGGUGGUCACCUCGUCAGUAUCAAAGAUGAAGCAGAAAACGAUUUCGUAAACGCGAUUCGAAAAAAGAGCAACAUUUGGAUUGGGCUGAACAAGAUCGACGACCCUCAACAAAUCUACAAGUGGAGUGAUGGUAGUGCGGCGGACUUCCUCAACUGGGAUUCUACUCAGCCCAAUGAACCUAAGGUAGACUGUGCCUACAUGGCAUACCACCAAGAGCAUCGUGGAACCUGGUUCGACUACGGCUGUCAUGAAAUGCUUCCGCAGUACUUCGUUUGCAAACUACCCACACCAUGA